UUCUUCCUUUGUUCAGUCUAUGUCCCGAUGUGCACGGAGAAGAUUAACAUCCCGAUAGGUCCCUGUGGUGGCAUGUGCCUCUCUGUCAAAAGGAGGUGUGAACCUGUUUUAAAAGAAUUUGGAUUUGCUUGGCCAGACAGCCUAAACUGCAGCAAAUUCCCACCCCAGAAUGAUCACAACCACAUGUGCAUGGAGGGCCCAGGAGAUGAAGAGGUCCCCCUUCACAGCAAGACCUCCUUGCAGCCUGGAGAAGAAUGCCACAGCAUGGGAUCUAAUUCGGAUCAGUACAUCUGGGUGAAGAGAAGCUUGAACUGUGUCCUGAAGUGUGGCUACGAUGCUGGUCUCUACAGCAGGUCAGCUAAGGAAUUCACAGAUAUCUGGAUGGCUGUGUGGGCCAGUCUUUGCUUCAUCUCAACUGCCUUCACAGUCCUGACCUUCCUGAUUGAUUCAUCCAGAUUUUCCUACCCGGAGCGCCCAAUCAUAUUUUUGAGCAUGUGCUACAAUAUUUAUAGCAUUGCUUAUAUUGUGAGGCUGACUGUGGGCCGGGAAAGGAUAUCCUGUGAUUUUGAAGAGGCAGCAGAACCUGUUCUUAUCCAAGAAGGUCUUAAGAACACAGGAUGUGCUAUAAUUUUCUUGCUGAUGUAUUUUUUCGGGAUGGCUAGCUCCAUCUGGUGGGUUAUUCUCACAUUGACGUGGUUUCUGGCUGCAGGACUCAAGUGGGGCCAUGAAGCUAUAGAAAUGCACAGCUCUUAUUUCCAUAUUGCAGCCUGGGCUAUCCCUGCAGUGAAGACCAUUGUCAUUUUGAUUAUGAGACUAGUAGAUGCUGACGAGCUCACCGGUCUGUGCUACGUUGGGAACCAGAACUUAGAUGCACUGACGGGCUUUGUCGUCGCUCCGCUUUUUACCUACUUGGUCAUUGGGACCUUAUUCAUUGCAGCAGGACUCGUGGCCUUAUUUAAAAUCAGGUCUAACCUUCAGAAAGAUGGAACUAAAACUGACAAACUGGAGAGGCUGAUGGUCAAAAUUGGUGUCUUUUCAGUGCUGUACACUGUCCCAGCAACGUGUGUCAUCGCCUGUUAUUUCUAUGAGAUCUCCAACUGGGCCAUAUUCCGCUACUCGUCAGAUGAUUCCAAUAUGGCAGUGGAGAUGCUCAAAAUAUUCAUGUCCCUCCUGGUGGGUAUUACGUCAGGUAUGUGGAUCUGGUCAGCCAAAACUCUGCACACGUGGCAGAAGUGCUCAAACAGACUGGUGAACUCAGGGAAAGUGAAACGGGAGAAGAGAGGAGACGGUUGGGUGAAACCUGGGAAAGGGAACGAGACCGUGGUAUGAGAAAAGGACAACACCUUGAUGGUCUCACUACUCUCCCAUGAAGGACUGAUUGUGUGUAAGCAUUGCUGUGUAAAUGUUGGGAAUAGAGUAGGGAGAUGGUUACACAACCUGUUUCUGGGGGAUGUAAAAAAAAAAAAAAAGCCUUAAAAAAUAAACAGCAGAAAGAUCAUGC